AUGACUAAAGCUGUUGGUAUUGAUUUGGGUACUACAUACUCAUGUGUUGCUCAUUUUGCUAAUGAUCGUGUUGAAAUUAUUGCAAAUGACCAAGGUAACAGAACUACUCCUUCUUAUGUUGCAUUUACUGACACUGAAAGAUUGAUCGGUGAUGCUGCUAAGAAUCAAGCUGCUAUUAAUCCAGAAAACACUGUUUUUGAUGCUAAAAGAUUAAUUGGUAGAAAGUUUAACGAUCCUGAAGUUACCACUGACGCUAAGCAUUUCCCUUUUAAAAUUAUAGACAGAGAGGGAAAGCCAGUUAUUCAAGUUGAAUUCAAAGGUGAAACUAAAACUUUCACUCCUGAAGAAGUCUCUUCAAUGGUUUUAACUAAAAUGCGUGAAACUGCUGAAGCUUACUUGGGUGACAAGGUUAACGACGCUGUCGUUACUGUUCCUGCUUAUUUCAAUGAUUCUCAAAGACAAGCUACUAAGGAUGCUGGUACAAUUGCGGGUUUAAACGUUUUAAGAAUUAUCAAUGAACCUACUGCCGCUGCUAUUGCCUACGGUUUGGACAAGAAAGGUACCACUGAACAUAAUGUAUUGAUUUUCGAUUUAGGUGGUGGUACUUUCGAUGUUUCUUUGUUAUCCAUCGAUGAUGGUGUUUUUGAAGUCAAAGCUACUGCUGGUGACACUCACUUGGGUGGUGAAGAUUUCGAUAACAGAUUGGUUAAUCACUUCGCUGAGGAAUUCAAGAGAAAAACUAAGAAAGACUUGACCAGUAACCAAAGAUCUUUGAGAAGAUUGAGAACCGCUGCUGAAAGAGCUAAGAGAGCUUUGUCUUCUUCUGCUCAAACCUCCGUUGAAAUCGACUCCUUGUAUGAAGGUGUAGACUUUUACACUUCCAUCACAAGAGCUAGAUUCGAAGAAUUAUGUGCUGAUUUGUUCAGAUCUACAUUAGAUCCAGUUGAAAAAGUCUUGGCUGAUUCUAAGUUGGAUAAAUCUCAGGUCGACGAAAUUGUUUUGGUUGGUGGUUCUACCAGAAUUCCAAAGGUCCAAAAAUUAGUUUCUGAUUUCUUCAACGGUAAGCAACCAAACAAGUCUAUUAAUCCAGAUGAAGCUGUUGCUUACGGUGCCGCUGUUCAAGCCGCUAUCUUGACCGGUGACACUUCUUCCAAAACUCAAGACUUAUUGUUACUAGAUGUUGCUCCAUUAUCCUUGGGUAUUGAAACAGCAGGUGGUAUCAUGACCAAGUUGAUUCCAAGAAACUCCACUAUUCCAACUAAGAAAUCAGAGACUUUCUCUACCUAUGCUGAUAAUCAACCAGGUGUUUUGAUUCAAGUCUUUGAAGGUGAAAGAACCAGAACCAAGGAUAACAACUUAUUAGGUAAGUUUGAAUUAGCAGGCAUCCCGCCGGCCCCAAGAGGUGUUCCUCAAAUCGAGGUUACCUUUGAUAUCGAUGCUAAUGGUAUUUUGAACGUUUCAGCAGUCGAAAAAGGUACUGGUAAAUCUAAUAAGAUCACCAUUACCAAUGAUAAAGGUAGAUUAUCAAAAGAAGAUAUCGAUAGAAUGGUAUCAGAAGCCGAAAAGUUCAAAGCUGAAGAUGAAAAGGAAGCCGAACGUGUGCAAGCAAAGAAUCAAUUAGAAUCUUAUUCCUUCAGUUUGAAGAAUACAGUUAAUGAAGCAUCUUUCAAAGAAAAAGUUGGCGAAGAAGAUGCCAAAGCUGUUGAAACUGCAGCACAAGAAACUAUUGAUUGGUUAGACGCCUCUCAAGCUGCCUCAACUGAAGAAUAUAAAGAUAGACAAAAGGAAUUGGAAAGUAAAGUCAAUCCAAUUAUGACUAAAUUCUACGGUGCUGCUGGCGGUGCCCCAGGUGGUAUGCCAGGUGGAGCUCCAGGUGGAGCCCCACCAGCUGAAGAAUCAGGACCAACUGUUGAAGAAGUUGAUUAG